AUGACGGGUGCAGAGACAGACAGAUCAGGUAACCUCAUCAUCGGGUCUUGUAUGAUUGCUGGUAGGAGCUUGCAUGUUUUAUAUGAUUCGGGAGAGACACGCUCAUUUGUGUCAGAAUCUAAAGUGGUAGAGUUGGGUCUUCUGGUGAGGGAACUCCAGUAUGACCUGGUGGUGUCCACGCUUGCUUCUGGGUUGGUCAGAACCUCGACAAUGUGUGCUAGAUGUUUGAUCGAGGUUGAGGAACGCAAGUACAAGGUAAACCUUAUUUGUUUACCUUUGGAAGGGUUAGAUGUAAUCUUGGAAAUGGAUUGGCUAUCUGUUAAUCACAUUCUCAUUUAUUUCAAUGAGAAAAAGGUGUUGUUCCCCAACUCAAAGGAUGAAGAUCUGUUGAUGUCCUUAUAG